UUGGAAGUAGAGCCCUCAGAUACCAUUGAGAACGUUAAGGCUAAGAUCCAAGAUAAGGAGGGAAUUCCACCAGAUCAACAACGUUUGAUCUUCGCCGGCAAACAGUUGGAAGACGGACGCACCCUGUCCGAUUAUAACAUCCAGAAAGAGUCUACUCUUCACUUGGUAUUGCGUCUCCGUGGUGGUAUGCAAAUUUUUGUGAAGACCCUCACCGGUAAAACCAUCACCUUGGAAGUUGAACCAUCCGACACCAUAGAAAAUGUCAAAGCCAAGAUCCAAGAUAAG